CAAAAUCACAAGCCACGCUGAAGAGUGAAGAGUAAAGGCUACCAAACCCUCCAAGGAUUUCGAAGUUUCGCACUCCCAGUUUCUCACAUCCCCAAAAAGCUGCUCGCCGCCAUGAAAAUCCGUACACUGAAGCUACAAGAAGCACACAAACCCAGCUCUGCGUACGGCGCCGCCAAUGGAUCCUCCUUCUGCUCCAUCCUAUGGGAUCAGCAAGCUCGUCACCUGGUCACUGCUUCCUCUUCGGAUUCGGGAAUCUCCAUCCAUGACGCUCUUCUGCCUUCGACCACACCCAAGAUUCUCCGGCACCACCGUGAUGGCGUCACCGCGCUGGCGCUCAGCCCUAACUCCACCUGCCUCGCCUCCGGAUCUAUCGACAACUCCGUCAAGCUCUACAAGUUCCCGGGUGGGGAUUUUGAGACGAACAUCACCAGAUUCACACUUCCAAUCCGUGCUCUUGCAUUCAAUCAAUCAGGGAGCAUGCUGGCGGCUGCCGGGGAUGACGAUGGUAUUAAGCUGAUAAACACUGUUGAUGGCUCAAUAGCUAGGGUUCUGAAAGGGCACAAAGGAUCCGUCACUGGAUUGGCGUUUGAUCCUAUGGGUGAGUACUUGGCAUCAAUUGAUUCCAUGGGAACAGUCUUAUUUUGGGAGUUGCAGUCGGGGACAAUAUUGCAUACCCUAAAAGGUGUAGCUCCUAAUACUGGGUUAGACACUUCCCUGGUCAAUAUACUAAGCUGGAGUCCCGACGGGGAGAUGCUGGCGGUCCCUGGUCUGAGGAAUGAUGUGGUGAUGUAUGAUAGAGACACAGCCGAAAAGGUGUUUACAUUGAGGGGCGACCAUCUGCUCCCUUUAUGUUUCUUGUCUUGGUCGCCUAAUGGGAAAUAUAUGGCUACAUCAGGUUUGGAUAGGCAGGUUCUGAUAUGGGAUGUCCUUAAGAAGCAAGAUAUUGACCGUCAGAAAUUCGAAGACAGAAUCUGUUGCAUGGCGUGGAAACCAGUUGGUAAUACAUUGGCUGUUGUUGAUGUUUCUGGCAAGUAUGGCCUGUGGGAAUCAGUUGUCCCGUCAUCCAUGAAAUCUCCCACUGAAGAUAUUCCACAGAGUUCAAAAAAGACCAACGGGCUAAUGUUAUUUGAAGAAGAGGGGCAGGAGCCUUGUUCAUCUGGCAGUCUAGGCGAUCUCGGUGAGGAUAGCAUAGGUGAAUCAGGCCCGCCAAGCAGGAAAAGAAUACGGAAGCGUUCUGAAUUUGAUGAAGAUCGUUCCACUGAGAAUACAAUUGAUGACUAUGGCCUGCUUCCUCAACGCAUGGCUCCCAAAAGAGCAAGAGAACAGUUGGACAAGGGAGCUAAUGAAGAACUAAGAAGCACAGCCAUAUCUGUGAGGUCCAAAAUGCAGGAAGCUUUCCAGCCUGGUGUUACUCCUGUGCAGCCAGGGAAGAGGCGCUUCUUGUGCUACAAUAUGCUUGGAACUAUCACUACAAUGGAAUAUGAUGGGUACUCUCAUAUAGAGAUAGACUUUCAUGAUACUAGUAGAGGACCUCGAGUUCCUGCAAUGACGGAUCAUUUUGGUUUCACGAUGGCUUGUUUGAAUGAGAAUGGGAGUGUUUUUGCCAAUCCUUGCAAGGGUGACAAGAACAUGAGUACUCUCAUGUAUCGCCCGUUCAGCAGUUGGGCAAACAACAGUGAGUGGUCCAUGCGGUUUGAGGGAGAAGAAGUCAAAGUUGUUGCACUUGGUGUUCAUUGGGUUGCGGCGAUCACUAGUCUAAAUUAUCUCCGCAUCUUUACUGAUGGUGGUUUGCAGAAGCAUAUUCUUUCCCUUGAUGGUCCAGCAGUGACUGCAUCAGGUUCCAAAAAUCAGCUUGCAGUUGUCACUCAUGCUUCUAACUGUCUUCCUUCAAAUGAUCAGGUGCUUGAAUUCCAUGUAUUUGAUAUACGUAAUGGUACAAGGCCCUCUAGGGGGCGACUUCCAUUGUCUCCUGGUUCACAUCUUAUUUGGUUUGGGUUUAGCGAGGAAGGACUAUUGAGUUCAUAUGAUUCAAAGGGUGUCUUGAGGGUUUAUACAAGCCAAUAUGGCGGCAGUUGGCUCCCGCUGUUCAGUGCCAAUAAAACAAAGAAGUCAGAUGAAAACUACUGGGUUGUGGGGUUGAACGCAAGCAAGUUAUUCUGCAUAGUUUGCAAGAGUCCUGAAGUAUUUCCUCAGGUGAUGCCCAAACCGAUUCUCACUUUGCUGGAUCUGUCGUCCCCCCUAGCAUCUUCCGAUCUGGGAGCAGAUGUCCUUGAGAAUGAAUUUAUAUUGAACAACCUCCAUCUCUUUCAGAUCCAGAAAAGAAUAGAAGAGAGUUCAUCUGACGGUAGGGACACCACUGACCUCGAUGAUGAAGCUUUCAGCACGGAGGCAGCUCAAGAUAGAUGUAUCCUGAGGCUCAUUGCUUCGUGUUGCAACAGCGACAAACUUGUACGAGCCACUGAACUGGUGAAACUCCUGACGCUGGAGAAAUCGAUGAAAGGAGCAAUCAAGCUCGUCACUGCUCUCAAACUUCCCAAUCUUGCAGAUCGCUUCAACAACAUACUCGAGGAGCGAAUGCUGAACGAAACAAAAGAUAUGUCAGAGGCAGCUGGUGUUGCAGUUAACCAGGGUUCGGGUUUGGGACGAAAUGGGACAUCAAGUGAGGUAUCGUCAGAGCCCAGCUGCAUCCCAUCGUCAUCCACCACAUUGUCAGCGCCUCAUUUCGUCAAGAAAGUGGUUAACAGAGGUGAACAGAAGGGAAGGAGUGACCAUAACCAAACUGCGAGAGAAGUUCAGCCAGAAGCUGCAACUAGAGGGAGAUCGACUGAGCUCAGAACAACCGCAGCAGCAGCAGCAGCAACAGCAGCAGGAAACGAGGAAUCAAGCCGUACCUCCAAUCCAUUCUUUAAGUCGUCAAGCACUCAUGAAGGUCCAGCCAAAGAAUCAACGUGCCAGCGACCUCCUUCCAACCCGUUUAAAAAGUCAGUAAAGUGAGAAUGGCUGGUCAUACACGUCCAUUAGAUUUAACUUGAGCUAAAUUUGGCCUUGUCAUUUUUUAGCUUACCAAAUCAAUUUCAUGUUUCAACUUUCAACCCUACAAUCUUUCAAAUUUAGAUUUCUGCUUUUUUUAUUUCUUUCAAUAAACUGCAGUUAUUUGUAUGCUAAUUUUUAUUUUUUUAUAGUUCGUUAUUGCUUUUU